AGCAAUAAUAAUAAUGUAAAGCAAAAUUCACAUCUGAAUGUCACAUUAAGUCAACUCCACAUUUAGUUAUGAGAAUUCCAGGGAAGGGCACAGGAUAAAAGGACCACCCUCCUCAAAGGUUCCUUUCAAAAGUGUGCGAGGCGUUCUAAAGUAUCAAGAUGUCCUCCUACCGCCGUCAUUUUGAGAGCACCCUACCAACCACCUACCAACUCCAGGUGUUUCAGGAUGUCCAGCAUCACUCCGCAAGCCAAAGUGGAGCCAAGGGGCCAUCUGAAAACUCCCAACUAAUCAGUGCGAACAAGGCAGCCAAAUGCUACAGUGCAUCCACAGGAUUUGGACACAAACUGGACUUGGACGUAGCUUCGACUGAGAACGCGGCUUUCAAAACAACGCGCACCGGUGAGAGACGGGAGAUGGUGGCCCUUAACGAUCGUCUAGCUGUAUACAUCGAAAAGGUUCGUUCGCUGGAGUCCAAAAACAAGAUGAUGGAGGCUGAAAUUGAGGCCCUGAAGAGCCGAAAUGUCCGCCCGUCAGGUCUGAGGCAGCUUUAUGAAGCCCAGCUGAGGGACCUUAACCGGGCUGCAGAUCAAAUUCGAGUUCAGAGGGAUUUGUCUUUAGCUUCCAAGGAGGCCAUAUUGGGCCAGCUGGACCUGCUGAAGACCAGAUAUGACGAAACGGUAGAAGCUCGGAAAAACGUGGAGAGCGAGAUCAACAAACUCCGCCCGGUGGUGGACAAAGCAACAUCAGCACAAAUCAACUUGGACAAACAGCUAGAGAACUUGGAGAUGGAGCUUGCUUUCUUACAGAGGGUUCAAAAAGAGGAAAUAGAAGAGCUGUUGCAGAAGAUUUACACAUCCAGCUCCAAAAUUGACCUGACUUUCGGAGUACCGGACCUUUCGCUGGCUAUCCGACAGAUUCAGUCUCAGUACGACUGCAUCGCAGCGAAAAAUUUGCAGGAAAUGGACACUUGGUACAAAGCGAAAUUUCAAGACUUGACCCACACGUCCGCUAAACGCCUUCACGGCGUGAGAAGCUUGAGGGAGCAGAUGGGAGGUUAUAAGAAAGAUAUUCUCAACAAAGAGCAAGAACUUGACGCGAUGAAGACCAAGAAUGCCAAUUUGGAGACUCUGAUCCAAGAUUCUUCAGCGAAAUACAAGAAGAAAGAGGAUGAGCUACAGGAGCGAUUUGAAGCACUUAAAAUGGAGCUGAAGGUGACUAAAGAGAAGAUUGCCUCACUUCUGAGGGAAUAUCAAGAUUUACUCAAUGUCAAGAUGGCUUUGGAGAUUGAAAUUGCUGCAUACAGAAAACUUAUUGAGGGUGAAGACCACCGUCUCAGUGCCACAGUCUACAGUCUGGAUCUGGUGUCCUGCGAUGCUUCCACAGCAGAGAAGACUGUCUACUCUUUGAAAGACUCUGACAGACAUAUGUUGGAGGACAAGAAGAUUGAGGUAAAAGAGGUUCAGGGGCUAGAUGAGAAAAUUGAUGAUGAGAAAAUUCAGGAGGUGAAGUUUGAGGCUAACGUUCAAGAAGAUGUUGAGGUUGAGGAGGAGGGUGUGAAGGAAGAAAAAAUUCUGGAGGGUGUAAAGGUUGAGGAAGAACUAGUUGUAGAUGAGAAAGUUCAAAAGGAAGAGGGGAAAUUUGAGCAAGACUGGGAAUCACUAAGUGUCAGUCAAGUUCUUACAAAGGAGCCAUCACCACCCGACACCCAAAGUGAUGUAAUAAACCACAUGGACCAGGCCUAAGAUAUGUCUGAGAACAAGACACUUGUCAUCAGCUCCAUUUCUGAAACGGUCAAGAUGGAGGACACUGAUGAGAGUGAAAUUCAAGAGCACACCAUCAUUUCUUGAGCGAUCCUUGAAGAAAUGAUCGAACUAACCCAAUCAUUCUAACCAAAUUUUUGACAGUGGAUCAUUACUAAAAUGGCUUUUCCAGCCUCCUCGUGUGUGGACAAGCUUUUUUUUUUAACCACAAUAAACCACAGGCAAGUAAUCAAAAUGUUUACACUGUGUAUUUAAAUCAGAAAGUUUAUUCCAUGAUUUAUUUGAUGUAAACAUGAUUUCUGUCGUAUCGAUGCGGGCUGAGGUUAGUGUUAAAAAAAUAAAACCA